AUUUGCAAACAUGGCAGCGUUCGGAAACAGCUCAUGUUGGAGCACUCCAGAGGUUUAUAAACAUCAUGAGCAGCAAAAGAUUUGCCCCUCACGACCGAAGUAUAGAGAAGGGAGGAGACCUAAAGCAGUUAAGGUAUGAAAAUCAUUUCCUACAGCGAAAUUAUGUAUCCAUGCUCAAUACUUGACCAAGUGAGCUAGCUAGCUAGAAAUCUAAUGUAUUAUCCGUGCUAUAUUACCCCUGUAGGUGUACACCAUCAACUUGGAGUCUCGUUACCUGAUGGUGCAAGGAGUCCCAGCCAUCGGGGUGAUGACAGAACUGAUCCAGCUCUCUGCGCUGUACGGGGCUGUGGAGGAGUACAGGGUGCUGGAUGAGUACCCUGCAGAGGAAUUCACAGAGGUCUACCUCAUCAAGUUCCAGAAACUCACCAGUGCAAGGUUAGGACAGGUUUUAUAGGUUAUGAUGAGAUGGAUAGGGAGAGGUGUUUUCCCUGACCAUCAUGUAACCUGAUCAGGAAAAACUUCAGGCCCUAGUUUUAUCUAGCCUAGUCCCACACAAGCUGGUAGACCACCUCACUCAGCCAGUUAUACUUUAAAGUAAUUGUGUUUCAGGGCGGCCAAACGGCAUAUGGAUGAGAAGAGUUUCUUUGGAGGUUUACUACAUGUGUGCUAUGCCCCUGAGUAUGAGACAGUGGAGGACACCAGACUGAAGCUGCAAGACAGGAGACGAUAUGUGAACAGGACGACUCAAAAUAAAGGUACAGAUGUUGUGCUGUGCUGGGAGAAUAUUAUCAGUACUAUCUCUGGUAUGUCAUUCACAACAUAAGCAUGAUUAUUAUGAUGUAGUUAGUUGACAUAUGAUUCUUCCUUUUUGGUUGAGAAGCAAAGGAACAGGACCAGGAGGAUGAAAAGAGCAAAAACCCCAUGUCGUCAGAUACAGUUGCUACCACAGCCAGGACUUCCUCAGGUGAUAAUCAGAGAUCCAGUGAUACCAGCAACAAGGGAGAGACUUCGAGUACCAGCCAUGGCCAUUAUUUAGGAUUUCCCUUAUUGCCUUUACCCCCACAGGAGUUUCCUCCUUACAGACAUGCCCCAUCUAAUGAUCUGUCUUAUAGUUAUCAGGCAAACCAAUGCAGGACUAUUCCAACCGAGGACAAAAUGGGGUCAUUGCAUAAUGCCAUAGAUACUAAACAGCAGCUGGCACCCAUUGUAAGCAGCGUUCCCUCCUCUUCUGGGGGAGACCGAGGAAUAGUGAAAAGACUGAGUAAAAAUCCACCCCCUGCAGCACCCCCAAGAUUCGUACCGAGGACCACAGAUUUGGAGAACAGAAAACGGAAAAUGGUAGAAACUAAUAAAGACUCACUUUUUGGCUUCGUGGACAAAAAUGAAACCCUCAUUGGACCAAAACUACCAGAGCGGCCUAAAAUGGAUAUGGCGGACGAGUCGUUGAACACAACAGCCAACAUGAUCAGAAAUACAUUGAAAAAAGUAUAUUCGUGGUCAUUUGCUUCUUAAAAUUGGUCACUCACAAUUUCAUACAAUUGAAGAGUGAUACUACACUACAGUAAAUUCAUGUCUUUCCUUGUUCUCAGGUUGCAUCAGUUCCUGAAGUCAAGCCAACAAAGACAAAGUCAGCAAAGCCUCGGAGGAGAAUCUAA